AUGUCUUCCUACCUUCGAAGUUGGCUUGCACCCGUUAUUGGCAGCACCACGAAUGACUCGGCUGGUUCUAAUUCUGAAACACCUGGGCCAACCAUCAACCUCUCGGAGCCUUCGCCGCCUGGAUCUGCAUCUGGAGACAUUGAAGAUGAUGAUUUGCCCCCUCCAUUCCCUCUGCCAAAUAGUAUCCAACGCUCUUCAGGUUCUGGCCAAUCCAACUCCACUACCGUAAUAUCCAAUGUAACACCGUCCCCAGGUGUUCAGGACGCUCAAAAGAGAUCGCCUUCGCCUGACUCGAAGACCAUGCCGCCACCUCGUUUACCGACCGUUCGCAUCCCAACCGUGUCUACCAAUGGACUCUUGGCUUCAACCAGUUCCACCCAACAAAGAAAUACUGUGUCGGUACCUUCUGGCGGUGGACUUGCUCUGCCGCCUUCAACAACAAAACCUAUGCCCAAUGUCAAUACAAAAGGCAAGGCACGGGCAAAAGUCGCUCUGGCUCCUGGUCAUGGCGCUUUGGACUGGGCAAACCUGAAGUCUUCCGGGGUGGAUCUUAGAGGAGUUACCGAAUUGCAGAGAGUUACGCCAUCCAUGCUAAAGGAACACCGCUCGAGAGAUGAUGCGUGGUCGGCGUUCGGUGGAAAGGUCUAUAAUAUUACACCGUACCUACCAUAUCAUCCUGGGGGUGAGAAGGAGCUGAUGCGCGUUGCUGGGAGAGAUGGAACAAAAUUAUUUGCCACGACUCAUGCUUGGGUCAAUCUAGAUUUCAUGCUGGAUGGAUGCCUUGUGGGAUUCCUAGUCCCUGAACAAUCAUAG